CGUUGGCAGUAGAGAGCGUAGCAAGGCAUCUGGCACAAUCAGAAAACGAAAGCGAUAGACAGGUCAGCGCACAGAUACCCUCUUGUCACUUCUAUACUGGGACAAAAACAAGCACAAGAACAAGGGGGGAAAAACGUACAGAAGAAAAGAAACCUGCUCCAAUGCAUCAAACAGUGGACUUUGCUAUUCUCUAUUUGCAUAGGCAAGCCAGAUGAACACACAGAAAGCAGCUCACGCUUUGUACAAAGCCAAGGCUAGGCAGCUGUGCUUUUUGGUCCUCCUGUGUUUCCACCUGGCCUGUGGGGAUGGCCCUAGUUUAUGCAGACACUCGGUGACGAAGGACCAUAUCCAAACCGUCAACACUCUGAUUGUAAACCAACUUGAAAAUGGCUUUUCAAUCGAUUACACGUUUAUAGAUCAAGGAUCUUUGAGUAAAACCUGCUACGUCAAAGCUGCCUUCCCCAAAGUCCUGGACGUUCUGACGAAACACUUCAAUUAUCACAAGAGUUCGGUCAAUUUUAAAUAUGUGGACCAGUUAAAAACACUGGUGAAAAAUCUACUGGAAGACGACCCAGAGAAGUUUGUGAAGACCUAUGCAGGCUCUCCUCAAGCUGUGUUAGAUCACAUUGGGAAAGUGAUGUCUUUCUACAUGGAGCUGCUGACAGAAAACAGGCCAAUAAACUGGAAUUGUGUUGACCAGUAUGCACAGGAUGUCGCAGAACCAACAACCGAGGGCGCCCUGUCCACAGGUACGACCGUGUGUCGGUGCUCUUGCCCAACUACAGGUGGUGGUGCUGCUCAGUGGGCUUCCACGACAGCCACCAACCUUUGGAAGAACCUUCCAAACCCCACCGUUGACAUACAAAACACUCCCUACUCCACCAAGCUGUCACAAACCCAGACAGGCAGCCCCAGCGCUAGAGAAAGAUGGGGUAUCCCAUCAACAAACCCUGGCAUGACAGGAUCCCACAGACACAGGAUGAUUGGUAUAGACACUACUUCUGAGGCUUCAACAAGCAGCUGGAACAAGAUAACAAAUAAUUUCCAAACCAGCAGCAGCAAGAAGAAUCCUUCUUCUCCUUCCUUUACUAGUAUACCAUAUCCACAAGAUGAAGAUAAUACUGGUUCACCUGCAUCUGAAUAUACUCCUACAAGCUCUGAGGUCCAAGGUGAUGUAUCCCAAAGUUCCCCAGGUUUUCAAACAGCAAAACCUUUUAGCAAAUCUUUAGUGCCUAGUCAAAAUACAGCUACUGACCAGGCCCUGUCUGGUCAACAACUUCCAACUGCGCUGUUGAAAAAACGCUUUACGCCUUCCAUAAAAAGGUCCAUGGAGCACCUGAUCACCUACAUCCCUCCAUUUAACAGCACUACUCCCAGCCUGCACACUGAAAGCUCAGCUGUCUCUCCUAGGUCCAAGAGAUCAGUAGAUCCUAGAGUAGACGGAUCCUUUGAUAGUUCAGAAAGCGAGUUAUCUGCAGAUUGGACCCCUGUUACCAUUGAGCCCCUUGGUAUCAGAGAUGAUGUUGCAGAUGAGCAAAGCACUCUGGAUUCAGGCACAAUACCCAUAGGGUCUGACUCCCCUGUGUCUUCUUCAUCUGUUCUUCGUCACAGAAAAACAUAUAUCAGGAUUGAUGACAAUGAAAAUAUCAACACAGGUUAUGGAUCCAAAAUCCUGGGACACGGUGAAGGAGAGGUCCAGCCUUCAGAUGGUCAGAGGGGAGGCAGACAGUCCGAGAAGGAACCCCAGAAAGAGACACAAGAGGAUGAAAACCAUUACAAGCUGGCAUUCAUAUUGGUAACUGUGUGCGGAGUUCUGCUGGGCAUUUUGGCACUCUACUGCUUCAUACAGAAAAAGAAACUUGAGGCAAAGCUACACAAACCAGAACAAAGUGAAGAUGAAAGGUUAAAGCAACACAGCCAUCAUAUCGAGAUGGAGGAAUCUACAUUUUUAAACAGACCAUCAGGCUCAGCCCUAUAGCCCCCAGGAUGAGUAGAAUUGGCAAGCUUCACUCGACUGCUCUCACCAGGCGAACUUAGGAAGUCCCCAAGAAAUCCCCGGACAACAGCUGAGCCGUGACAGGAAUACAUUCAUUCGUGUGGACCUCGGUGACUGGGGCAAAGACUAUGAGGCUGGUAUUGUUUGAAGCGCAUGGCUUGGCCCGGAUUCUCUAUUGAAAAAAAUGUUAAGUCUUACCACAGUGGAGGGCAAAUCCGUCUUCCAAUGUGCAUCAAAUUAAAGUAUUUCAACCUGUAAGAAGAACAAAUCAUCUGGGUUUCUCCAGGUUAUGAGUUUGCCACACUUCUAAAUAAACUACACAGUAUAUCUCUGUCAAAGUAGGUGCCAGUACAUGUGUGUUCAUCCAUUUAACCUGUGGAAUAAUAGAUUUAACCUCUGGAAUAAUACAUUUCUUGUACCUUGACUGUGCGUUGAAUCUGAUAUGACAGUGUUUGAAGAAUAUCUGUUGGGUGUACCAUGAAAGAUGCUGUUUUUCCAGAGUCAGAAGCAAUGUUAUUUUGAAUAAUGAUGUCCAUAUUUUUGCAGUAACAUGUAUUAACUUGUGGAUUAACAGUAUAGGUUUGUAACGGUCACUCUGUACAACCGAAAGGCAGUUGCACUGUCCAGUUGGGAAUGACAUCAGUCAUCAGUCAUUCCAUCUCUGUUGAGGUCAAAGUCCCUGUCUGGGCCGAGCAUAUCGGGCAUCCCCACUGAAAAAAGCUGUGAUCAAGGAACACAUCCAAGACAUGCUUUGGACGGGCGCCGGGCCCUUCCUGUGGAUAAGCCCUUCCUGCUGCGUGCAGCAGCUCAGUCAAGAGCCGGCGUGUCGCCUCGGCCGGCGCCUAGCAGCUGACUUGGAACUGGUGCGGACCAGGGACAUUUUUGCACUUUGUCUAAACUCUUUUCUUUUGUUCGCUGUUGCUUGUUUAAAGUUUAACUGUAGAUUCAAGGUCUGUUUUAGUCUUUGUUGCUUUUGUGUGUGGCAGUCUCCAUUUUCUAAGGCUCCUGAUUUUUUUUCUAAUCAACUGUCACACCAUUCAACCCAUCACAACCGGACUAGCUUACAAUUUUCAACCAUUUUUCCUCAGCCUUCUACAUUCAACAUCAUUGCUUUGUUUACUGGACUCAUUUCGGGACUUCAUCAUUCAGUGAGAUCAUUCCUUUUUUGUUUGUUGGAUAAGUCAUUGUUUUUUCAUCUGUAAUUAUAUCAUUUGCCUUUGUCUUUCUCUGUGUGAGUGUGUGUUGUGUUUGCUGGUGUGAAUUUAUUGGAGUCCCUCUGGACACUAUUUUGUGAUACCGUUUGGCCUUCUGUUUGUACCUACAUACUUACCUGUAUCUUUACUUGCUCUCUACAGUUAUCUAUUCUUUCUUAUCAUUAUUGGAAUUACUGUUUUAUACAUUUUCUUUUCUUUUUCUGUUUUAUACCCAUUUGUUUUUGGUUUUGUUCAUUUUUUUUCAUUUGUUGAUAUUAUUGUUCACAACAAUAAACCGGUUGUUUGUGAAAUUGACCCUUCUGACGUCUCUGCGUUUGCUGUCUGUCACUCUUGUUGACUUGUUUGACAAUAUUAAAUAGGGCCAGUAAUAUCUCCUUAGGGAGGACAGUGCAACCGCCUUUUGGUUGUGCAGAGUGACUAUUACAGUUUUAUGAGUGUUUUUUCUUUUCAGUUCUUUUGUCAACACACAGUCCACCUGACUAAAGUGUUUAUGUCGUUUUUACUCGGAUGUUAUUAAUGAGCAUUAAUGUUAUGAACAAUGUCUGAUUUCUAAAGAAAUGGUAGGACAAUUUUACUAAAGUGUUUUCUCCAGUACAAAUCAUGCAUUGUGUAUCAGUGUUCUCUAAAAUGAAAAGGAAACUCACUGUUGCGUUCGGUAGAAAAAAACGAAAAAAACGUGGGUAAUAAAUGAAAGUCAACAAGUUGCCACUCUUUCUGUUACAAGACACGUGUCCUUUUUUCAACGUGAUGCAAGACUGCAGCUGUGCUCUCUCCACUGAGACAGCGAUGAAUGCCUGAUGCAUUGCUUAGUUCAGAGAGCCAUACUGCUGAUGGUCACACCCCCUUUCCCCUUGGAUUGUCUCUCUCUCUCUCUAGAUUUGAGAUUGACAGUCACCACUGCCCUAUAGGAACUAGGAGCUGAUUUCAUGCAUUGUAUAACAUUGUCAUGAGUAUUUGUUUGUACUCAUUACUCGGCACAGGCUUAUUAUUACAUUUAAUUACUAAUUAGUCGUUAUUUGGUUGCUACUGUGUAAGUAAUGUAACUAUUAGCAAAUUCUACAGAUGCUCCACAUUUCGUUUUAUUUUCUGUGCUGUACUUUGCAGGGUUUAAUCUUAGUGUUGCAACAACAGAGUAGCAGAGUUUAUUUAUAGGUACAGGGCACACAAUAGCAUAGGAAUACAGUUUGAAAAAAUGCAAAAAGUUGUGAUAUAUUGCCUCCUAUGCAGAAAUCUUAAUUUGCUUUUAAUAAAGGCACUAAUACAGUUACAGAGAUGUUUAGCUCUCUCCUCUGAUGCCAUUUUCUGGCAAGAUUUGCUCUGAUUAUGCGUUUUCUGGUUUCCAUGUUGUACAUUAAUCACAGUCCUUUCUUUCACGUAACUAAAAGUAGUUAUGUUAUUUUUACAUAAAAUGAAACGUGUUAGCACAUUUUGUUACCUUCUGAAAAAGGAACUAUUACAGUUACAAGCUAUUGAAAAUAUAUAAUCACAUUACAGUAAUGUACGUGUAAUGCAUUACUCCCUCAACACAGGUUUAUUAAUUCUUAAAAAAAUAAUUAAUUGCAGGUUUUGAACUGGAGCAAAAUGCUAAUUAAAUGUUGUCUGUGUUCAUAAAUAUAGACUUUAGUUUACAUAUACUCUCUUCAAUAUAUAUAUAUAUAUUUAAAUAAAUGGUAUGCAUUGUCAGAGGAGUCUUUUUAUAUGUUAUAACAUUUUAAUUUAAUAUGCAAAUUAAAUUUACAUUAACAAAUUGCAAAUGCUUUUAUCGUGCGACUUUCUAUACAAUUAUGUAAAUAUGAAAUUUAAAAAUAUAUAUAUAUUUUUUACACACAUUGCUAUAAAUGCUUGUUUGAAUAAAUAACUUAAAAUCAUAAAACUGUCUUUGGGGGCAAUGUCAGAGUAGAACUAAGACAUCAGCCUAUAUCGAUUCAUCUAAUGUGAUAUACAUGGUCAGUUAAAGAUGAUAUUUGACUGGAAGUUUAAAGAUUAAAUAGAUUGUCAUUGUUAACAUCCUGACAACUUUUUACACUUAUAACUCUCUGUUUCUGUGACGGUGUAAGGAUUAUUGCCCACAUUGUCAAACAGAUAACACAGCAAUAACGAUCCAUGAUAUGAUAUGGAACAGAAAAGCCAGAGCAUUUACACUUUUUGUUUUCAAUCGCUCUUCCUGCAGUGAUUUAAAGGACAGAUCUCAAACCCCGGUGCACUAGAGCAGACAUUUUGAAAAGAGCUUUGAAACAGAGCUUAACGUUCUAAGUGUAAAAAGUUGUCAGGAUGCUAACAAUGAAAAGAAAAAUGACAGGUAUGUUAUUUAAACAGUUGUAGCAACACGUGGGGACGUGGAACGCUAUAUUGUUCGGAACCCCGCUACUUACACUUUAAUAAUGACAGUAAAAUGACAGUAAAAUACUAAGAUAUUCAUAACAAAAAUAAAUAAAUGAAAAUAACAGACAGCACUUUAAGUAAACUCAGUUUGGGGAAUAUUACUGUAGAUGUGCAAGAUGCUCUGACCACUUGUGGUACUACUGAUUUAUAGCAAUGUUAUAUCAUACAAUACAUCCUGUCCUUUCAAGUAUACUUUGCAUUUAUUGUUGUUAAUUACACAAGUAGUUGUGUAGUUUCUUCUCAAUUACAUGUGUAAUUACAGGAUCUCAAAGCACUAACACUGUACAGCAAAAUCACUGAGCAAUCACUGAAGUGUAACCAAUUAUAUAAAUAUAAAACCCAUCUGUAUUUGUGUCUAUAUGUGUUCCUUAUUGCCAGGUACCAGUAAGUGUAUAAACCGAACAGCAAUUCAGCCGUUGGCUUUUUGUGUUUCACCAUUUUUGUAACAUCAGAGGUUUCCCUUUCACAAAUUGUAUCCUGGAGUGUGAUAAUUCAUGGCCAGAAAUGUCUAUUGUGGAAGAAGGCAUGCCCAUAUUAUAUAACUAUAGCCCACAGUUGUAUUCACCCUACAGUGUCAAGGUCACUCAUUUUGUUUUCAUCAGAGAGGUUCUAUCAGCACAUUAUCUAUUGUCGGACGCUGUCUGCAACCUCUACACUUACAAUACGAAAUAUAAAUAUGUGAUGUGCAUUUUCAGGUUAGAUUAAGGGUAUGGACCUACCAAGCUCAUGUUUUGCAUAAAUGUAGACCUGCCUUUUGUCAAAUGUUUGCCAUUUAAUGCAAUUGCUUUACUCAAUAAAAAGCAUACAUAUGCUUAUA